AAUUAUAGAAUAAGUUGCAGGUUGAGAAAUUGUCAGUCAUUCAGGUUGCUCAACUGCUCGUUGGAGGCGGACCAGUCCGAGCCUGCAGAGAACGAUCCCAUGCUUUAUUUUUCAUGUUAGAAAUAAAAAGCUCACCUAUUCAGGGCCGGAUUCAUCCACUAGGGGAGCCCGGGGCCACAAUGUGCUUUGGACCCCGGGGCAAUUAUUGCGUUUCCCUUUUUAGCAACCCACCCUUGAACCUACUGUGUGCAUCUAAAAUAUGUAUUAAGUUAUACUUGGUACAGUCAGACUGUCUGAAAGUGGAACGCGUGUCUAACAGGUGAUACUUCACAUGAAAGAAAAGCACCGCACCAACUCAUUUGAAUAAACGAUAUAUAAACCUCUCCCCGAAGUGCAAGUUCAGGCUUGUAAACAACAACAGACUGUGUUAUAUAAAGAGUUAUAUAUUAGGAGUUAACCCUUGUGCUGCACUAGGGACUUUUUUGGCUUUUUAAGUUUUGAAUCGCUGGCUACCAGAUCCCGCUACCAGCAUAAAAUCCUGCAUUUUAUUAUGUUCUACUAUAUUAUUAUAUAGUUCUGUGUUGUAAACAAACUGGCAUUCAAGGGUUAACUUUCUUAGUGUAUCAUUGUAUGAUGGGACCAAUGUUGUUUAAAGAAAUGUAACUCUGUGCAAGUGUGACAAUAUUAUUCAUAUUUGACUGCAGUUAUUUAAUGUUCUUUUAGAGCAACAUGUGAGGAACAAGUGCUGAACAACUUGUUAUUUUUCUGCUAGAACUUCGAGGAGUUCCCCGAGCACAGGACUCACUUCUUCUACUUACUGCAAGCGGUGAACUCUCACUGCUUCCCCGCGUUCCUCGCCAUCCCCCCCGCCCAGUUCAAGCUGGUGCUGGACUCCAUCAUCUGGGCCUUCAAACACACCAUGAGGAACGUGGCUGAUACUGGUCUGCAGAUUCUCUACACGCUGCUGCAGAACGUGGCCCAGGAGGAAGCCGCCGCGCAGAGCUUCUACCAGACGUACUUCUGCGAUAUCCUGCAACACAUCUUCUCUGUGGUCACCGACACAUCGCAUACUGCUGGCCUGACGAUGCACGCCUCCAUCCUGGCCUACAUGUUCAACCUGGUGGAGGAGGGGAAGAUCACCACGGUGCUGAACCCGUCCAGCCCCACCAACAACCAGGGCUUCAUCCAGGAGUACGUGGCCAACCUGCUCAAGACCGCCUUCCCUCACCUACAAGAUGCUCAGGUGAAGGUGUUUGUCACCGGGCUGUUCAGCUUAAACCAGGAUAUUCCUGCCUUCAAGGAGCACCUUCGGGACUUCCUCGUGCAGAUAAAGGAGUUUGCCGGCGAGGACACCUCAGACCUGUUCCUGGAGGAGAGGGAGGCGUCGCUUCGUCAGGCCCAGGAGGAGAAACACAAGAUCCAGAUGUCCGUCCCGGGCAUCCUCAACCCGCACGAGAUCCCCGAGGAGAUGUGUGACUGAGCCGCGGCGCCGUCAGACUGUACAGUAGUCCAAACAAACAAAUCAACCCUAACCACAGCAAACACAACGGAACCCAAGAGACGCACUUGAGUGUGGCGGGAGGCCGCGGGCCGUCCCACCGGAUGUUUGUUGACCAAAACAAUGCCAACAACGUGUACAUGAUUACCGCGUCACCCUGUGGCCCUUUUUACAUAAUCUGCGUUUUCUAUGGAGACUUUUUUGUGUAAUAUCUUUCCAGAACUGUUACUCGAAGCUUCCGUUUUGUCGGUCCAUCCCAAGACCUGCAUGAUGAGGUUCUAACGAUUAGACUUAACCAUCUUAUUUUCCUUCUGUUCCCUCGACCUCCCACGUUCUUUUCUUUUUUUCUUUACCCCAGCUCUUCCCUUUUUCUGAUAUAUCUGUUUAUAUAUAUAUAUACAGUCUGAGCAGGUUUCUGGACCCGUGGUGUGACGGACAGGAAGUGGUCUUUCAGCGGCGGACGCGCCAUCCGGUGCCCCACUGCAUCGUGGGAGAAUGUGAAUCUAAAGGAUUAAUGAAUGAAGGCGGAGAGAUGCUGCUCCGCGUGUCGGCAUCGGCCGCUCACGAGUCCCGCUCGUGUGUGACUGCUGCCGGCAGGUUUUUUCUUUUUAGGGAAAGCAAAACCGAAAUAUGUGCAUAUCAUCCCAAUUGUAUAGCAUCUUUAAUACCAUGGGAACAUUUCUUUUUUCUUUUCUUUUUAUUCUAUUGUUUCUUUUUUGUUGUGGGUGUGUGUGCGUGUGUGCUGUCGCCGAGUCGACAUCAGCGUUUUGUUUUCCUCUAAGAGGAUUGUUGCUCAUGUGUGAGCCUUCAUCAACGGGAUGUUUUAAGGAAGUGGCGGAGGUAUUUAUGGGUUCUUAGUUGGUUGCAUCUUUAUAACAACUCCUGUUUAACUCAGAUGGCUUUUGAGAUUUUUUGAAUUGUACUAAUUUAGAUUGUUUACCAGGCGGCAGUGCUCCAAGACGCUACCUUUAGAGCAAAGUGAAAACCAAUAAAACUGGGUUUACUUUUCAUUUUGUAUUUUUGCAUUUUAUUUCAGUUGUACCUAGUUUGAGUUCAGUCCGAAUAAAACAAAAGGGUUGUUUUUUUUGGGGGGUUUUCUGACCGGAGAGCAAAUUAGGAAAUUAGGUUUAAUUAUGAAAAUAAUGUAUAAAUGCAAAUAAGCACCCGAUCUCUAAUGGCAAAUUCUCCUUCUCGAGGUGUUCCAUUUGUUGUGAACUUUUUGAACUGAUUAAAGCUGAGAAUUUUAUAACCCUG